CGUCGAUUCACAUCAAAAACCCCAAAUCUAAAACCCUAAUUCUCUCUUGAGUUGCCGGAAAAUUUCGAUGGCGAGCUACGCGAUCCCAGUUGACAAGGCCAAGGCUUUCUUGCGCUCUCAGUAUCAGAAUGAGGAAAAGUGGGCUCUCAACAUGAAACUGCUCCGUGCUGUCGGUGUCUUUGCAGGAUCAGUGAUUCUGAUGCGGACUUACGGUGAUAUGAUGGCAAUUUGAGUGUUGAUGGAGGGCUGACACAGGCUUAGCCCCCUUAAUUUCAUGGCUUGUAGGUCUGUCUUAUAUGUCAAGCAGUUUUAGGGUACACAUCCUUGUAUUGUGUAUACAAGGAUUGGCAGAGUUUUUGGAUUUUGAAAAUGCAAAUGGUAAUCGGGCGACCAGCCACUGAAUUGUUGAAUGUUUAUUUCAAUUAGACCAUCCCAAUUUCGUAAUUAAUGAUUGCUUAUGUGAAAGAGUUACCGUACCUC